CUCUAGUUUGCGUUGGAAGAUUGCAGCCGUCUUGGGGUGCUGGGCCAGAAUCCGAGGGGGCUCCAGGGAAGUCGGGUCUGGGGGUGGGUAAGCGCUAUGACUGCUCUGAGCUUGUGUGCCUGUGGCAGCGGCGGGGGCCGCGGACUGCUCCGCAAUCUGUGCUGGAGCCUCUGGGUGCUUCGGCGGAGCAGGGGGUCGCAAAGCUGGGGGCCGGGGCUGCCCCUGCAGCUGCCUCGCCCGCUCUUGGGCGGCGGCAGUCCCGGCCUUUGGGUUGCCCGGAAAAGGGUCAGCAGCGCCGCCCCAGCGGUGUUACGGAGCCUCAACACCUACGCGAAGCUGUGCGAGCAGGCUGUCAGAGAGCCCCAAGUAUUUUGGGGGCGCCUUGCCCGGGACACGCUGGUGUGGGACACCCCUUACCAUACAGUCGAAGACUGUGAUUUCAGCCAGGGCAAGAUCAACUGGUUCCUGGGCGGCCAGUUAAACGUGUCGGUAAACUGCUUGGAUCAACAUGUGCAGAAGUCCCCGGAUAGAAUUGCGUUGAUCUGGGAGAGGGAUGAACCUGGUACAGAAGUGAAAAUCACAUACAGGGAACUUCUGGAGACCACGUGCCGCCUGGCCAACACAUUAAAGAAACAUGGAGUGCAUCGAGGAGACAGGGUGGCUAUCUACAUGCCUGUGUCUCCACUGGCAGUGGCAGCCAUGCUGGCCUGUGCCCGAAUUGGGGCAGUUCACACAGUGAUCUUUGCUGGUUUUAGUGCUGAGUCCUUAUCUGGAAGGAUUAACGAUGCAAAAUGCAAAGUGGUCAUCACCUACAACCAAGGAGUCCGAGGAGGACGGAUCAUCGAGCUGAAGAAGAUAGUGGAUGAAGCCGUGAAGAACUGUCCAACCGUUAAACAUGUCUUAGUAGCUCAGAGAACAGACAACAAAAUCCCUAUGGGGAAGCUGGAUGUUCCUCUUGAAGAAGAGAUGGCCAAGGAGAAUCCUGUGUGUGCUCCUGAAAUCAUGGACAGUGAAGACACACUCUUUAUGCUUUAUACUUCCGGGAGCACAGGCAAGCCAAAAGGGCUUGUCCACACCCAGGCUGGUUAUUUGCUUUAUGUUGCCGUAACACACAAGCAUGUAUUUGACAUCAGGCAAGGAGAUGUAUUUGGCUGUGUGGCGGACAUUGGAUGGAUUACAGGUCAUAGCUAUGUUGUGUAUGGUCCACUCUGCAAUGGAGCCACCAGCGUCCUGUUUGAGAGCACUCCAAUUUAUCCCAAUGCAGGUCGAUAUUGGGAGACAGUACAGAGACUGAAAAUUAAUCAAUUCUAUGGUGCUCCUACUGCUAUACGGGUACUAUUGCAUUAUGGAAAUGCUUGGGUUAAGAAGUAUGACAGAUCUUCCUUAAGAACCUUGGGAUCAGUGGGAGAACCAAUUAACCAAGAGGCCUGGGAAUGGCUCUACAAGGUGGUGGGAGAUAGCAGGUGCACAGUAGUAGACACCUGGUGGCAAACAGAAACAGGAGGCAUUUGUAUUGCUCCUCGGCCUUCUGAGGAGGGGGCUGAGAUCCUCCCUGGUAUGGCUAUGAGACCCUUUUUUGGAAUUACUCCAAUUUUGGUGAAUGAAGAGGGAAAAGUCAUAGAAGGUGAUGAUGUCUCUGGUGCUCUGUGUAUUACUCAGGCUUGGCCUGGCAUGGCAAGGACAAUAUAUGGAGAUCAUCAGAGAUUUAUUGAUGCAUACUUCAAAGUUUAUCCAGGUUAUUAUUUCUCUGGAGAUGGUGCUUAUAGAACUGAGGGUGGAUAUUACCAGAUAACUGGGCGGAUGGAUGAUGUCAUAAACAUCAGUGGUCAUCGGCUCGGAACUGCAGAGAUUGAAGAUGCAAUGGCUAACCAUCCUGCUGUGCCUGAAUCAGCAGUGAUUGGCUAUCCUCAUGACAUAAAAGGAGAAGCUGCAUAUGCUUUUGUAGUACUGAAAGAUAAUACAGAUAAUUCAGACAUCAUAAUGAAUGAGCUCAAAUCAAUUGUUGCCACCAAGAUAGCCAAAUAUGCAGUGCCUGAUCAAAUUUUGGUUGUAAAACGUCUUCCAAAAACUCGGUCUGGAAAAGUCAUGAGGCGGCUCUUAAGGAAAAUAGUCACUGACAAUACUGAGGAUCUGGGAGAUGUUACCUCUCUGGAGGACCCUUCAGUGAUUUCUGAAAUUCUGAAUGCCUAUCGGAAACACAAAGCCAAGAUAUCUGCCUCUUAAUAGAGAAGAGAUGUGCAUCAGCCUUGAAGUUCCAAAAACUUGUUUGGCCAAAACCAAAUACAACAGUUGCUUAUUGUCUUUUCUCAGGACAUAUUCCUGAAAUUGGUUAUUUCCAAAUCAGGAAAGAGUUCUCUAAAAUCAUCACAGAAUCUAGUGAUCAUACAUAAGGCCAGUUGUAGUGUUUUCCCCCCUUUUGUUUCCCUGGAAGAGGAACUAGAAAUGCAAUUAACAAGAGGCAAGACCAAAGUUAAGAUAUACUCAUUCAUCUUCAUGAAAAUGGAACCUAGUUUGAGUUUUGGGGGAGUGGGUUGAUGGUGAAAGGAACUUAUUUAUCUUCCUCAAAUAUUAGUAGCCCCUUGAGAUACAGAAGGGGAAAUGUUAAAAUGUGCCUUCUCAGAAGAUUUAAAAUUAGAAGCAAUAAUAUUUUUUCCCAGGUGGGCCUAGGUAUAAUAGCGUAGAGUCUUUAUUUUUAUACUUUCUUAUUUGAAAACAGCACACAGAGAAGUUUAAUGUAUGAAUUUAUUUGUAUACAUUCUUUGUAACAUCAUUAUAGAGUAGAUAGCUACAGUUACCAAAAAAUUCAUUUCAACUCUUGCAGAGUAUGAAUGGAAUGGGCACACUUACUCCUAACAUUUAAAGAAUUUUAGAGAGAGGUGUUGAAAAUAGAUUGAUUAAUCAAUACAAUCAUAUUAAUUAUUACUGUGCCUUUCAAACAUAUAGAAUGAUUUCAUUUUGCCUAUCAGGACUAUGUCUCAUUAUAUACACUGAACAAAAUUAAUUUCCUAAAAGUGAUCCCUUAAGUUAUGGCCAGUUCUUUUCUUUUCUUUUCUUUUUUGAGCAUUGUUCUGGAUGAUUUUUUCUUUUCCCCCGAAUGCUUCUUGGCUACAGGUCAUUAAUACUCUAAACUGUGGCACUGCCAAAAGUAACCAAUGAAAAUUUAAAUGACCUAUUACAAUAAACACUAAAGUUCUUGGAAGAA